GGAGGAAGAUAAGGAAGAACUCCUAGGAAGCUGGCCGGAGGAAGCCUUCAACAACAGAGGGAAUCUCAUCCAUGUACACGAGCCCAACUCCAACUACAGGUGCAUAGUGAAAAAUGUGAACCCACUAUUCUCUGACUCUACAAUCGAAGAACUAAUUACAGCACAAACUGGGAUCACAAAUACAGUGAGAAGACUUACUUAUACUGACACAGGUAAGCCUAUGCCAGUUAUCAGUGUCACAUGUAACAGUAGAUCUGAUCUUAAUGAUUUAUUGUGCAAAAACAUAAUCAUUGACAACAAGACUUGUAAUUUAAAAGUUCAUAUAUCAGCUAAAAACAGAG